UCUCCGUUACUUUCUUAUUUCUCAAGAAUGCAUUAGCGUCUUUGUCUGCACACAAAGCAAAAGCAGAGAGAUAGGGAUUGGUCUGUAAUUCCCAAGACUCUAUUUUCAGUACUAUCGAUUCUCCCGGCGAUCUGGUGAGUGAGAUAGAGAUUCACGAUGGGCUCAGACAGCACUUUGUCUCUCCCUUCUUCAUCUCCUCCUUGUAACAAUCGCUCCUCUGUUCCUCCAACUUUCACCACUCGCAUAUUCUCUGAUGUUGCGGGUGACAUCAUUGUUGUUGUCGAUGGAGAAUCAUUUCUACUUCACAAGUUUCCGUUAGUAGCUAGGAGUGGAAAGAUGAGGAAGAUGGUGAGAGAUCUCAAGGACUCUUCUUCUAUGAUUGAGCUUAGAGAUUUCCCUGGUGGACCUUCGACGUUUGAACUCACCAUGAAAUUUUGCUACGGCAUUAAUUUCGAUAUCACUGCCUUUAACGUGGUCUCUCUCCGUUGCGCUGCUGGUUAUCUUGAGAUGACUGAGGACUACAAAGAACAGAACUUGAUCUUUCGAGCCGAGAAUUACCUCGACCAGAUCGUUUUUCGCAGUUUUCAUGAAUCUGUCCUAGUACUUUGCUCCUGCGAGACGCAAGAGAUUGCUGAAACAUAUGAAAUUCCUGACCGGUGCGUGGAGGCCAUCGCCAUGAAUGCUUGCAGAAAGCAGUUAGUAUCAGGUUUAUCAGAGGAGCUCAAGGGGAGAGAUUGUCUCGAGAUGUGGACUGAAGAACUCUCUGCUCUCGGGAUUGAUUACUACGUCCAAGUUGUAUCUGCGAUGGCGAGGUUAAGCGUGCGGUCAGAGAGUAUCGUCGCUUCUCUGGUGCAUUACGCUAAAACAUCAUUAAAGGGUAUCAUCGAUCGAAACUGCCAGGAACAGAGGAAAAUCGUUGAAGCCAUGGUUAACCUUUUGCCGAAUGACGAAAAAGGAUCUUACUCUUUAUCAAUUAUUCCUCUCGGUUUCCUCUUUGGAAUGCUCAAGGUCGGAACUAUAAUAGAUAUAGAGAUCUCUUGCAGGCUCGAGCUUGAACGUAGAAUCGGGCAUCAGUUAGAGACCGCGUCUCUCGAUGAUCUGCUUAUACCUUCUGUCCAAAACGAAGAUUCAAUGUACGAUGUGGAUACCGUCCACAGGAUACUCACAUUCUUUCUUGAGAGGAUUGAAGAGGAAGAUGAUGAAUGUGGUUACGAUUCGGAUUCCACUGGACAACACAGUUCGUUGCUGAAAGUGGGACGGAUCAUGGAUGCUUACUUGGUUGAGAUCGCACCGGAUCCAUACCUGAGUCUACACAAGUUUACGGCUAUUAUAGAGACACUACCCGAACACUCACGUAUCGUUGACGAUGGGAUCUACAGAGCCAUUGAUAUGUAUCUCAAGGUAAACAAAAACACAAUUGAACAAAGUCUUUUUAUGUUUUGAAAACAUCUGAAACUGAUAAUCAAAUAUGGAAAUUAGGCUCAUCCAUUAUUGACAGAAGAAGAACGCAAGAAGCUAUGCAACUUCAUUGACUGCAAGAAACUUUCACAAGAAGCAAGCAACCACGUGGCACAAAACGAUCGGCUGCCUGUACAAAUGGUGGUUAGAGUGCUUUACACAGAACAGUUGCGACUGAAGAAAGCUCUGUCGGGAGAUUCAGAAGAAGGGUCGUGGGUUUUGCCUUCUGGAGUACAAAGCCGAGCGGUUUCGCCAAGAGACACGUAUGCAGCGUUGAGGAGAGAAAACAGAGAGCUGAAGCUGGAAAUAUCAAGGAUGAGAGUGAGAGUGAGCGAGUUAGAGAAAGAACAUAAUUUGAUGAAACAUGAGAUGAUGGAGAAAUCCGGUAAUAAUGGUGGAACGUUCUUGACGUCACUGUCCAAAGGAAUUGGAAGGAUCGCGACAUUCGGUGGAGAAACCCGGCAAAAGGUGAACCGGAAAUCAAGGUCGGUGUCGGAGAGAAAAUCAAGUAGAAGCGGUAGAUAAAAACGUCACCGUUUAUGUGGUUGCUAUCUAAACGGAGACAAGUCAUGUGUAACAGGAUGAAUAAUGGGCCGGGAGGAGUGUGAAGUAGGCCCAUUAAAAAACAAAGAAAGGUCUCGUUUUCAGCCUAUAAAAACAAGGAAAACAUGGGAUUAAAUGGGGUCCGGUCCGAGCCGUCUUUGUCCAUAUUUAUCUUGAUAAGAAAAGAAAUAUAUAAAAUAAAGUAUUUUUUUAAGAAAGAUAUUAAGACAGUAAAAAUGUUUAUAAGUGUUGGUCGUUGUACACGGUUAAGUUGUUUUGUUAAC